AUGAGUACAUUGAGCUGGAACUGUCGUGGCUUGGGUAAUCCACAGACAGUUCGGGAGAUUGAGGGCAUGGUAGCCCGUAAGAAACCCGAUUUUGUAUUUCUAAUAGAAACCAAGGUUAACCGGGAUCAUGCAGAAAGACUUCGGAUUAAACUAGGUUUCGAUGGUUUGUUUUAUGUUGACAAUAAUGGAUUGAGCGGUGGUUUGGCGUUGUUAUGGAGAGCGAAUAAUACAGCCAGGUUGAUAAGUUAUUCUGACAAUCAUGUGGAUAUUGAAGUGAGUAUACCGGGAUUUGAUAAAUGGAGAAUGACAGGUUUCUAUGGUUUUUCAAAGCGGCCACAGAGAGGAGAAUCGUGGGAUUUAAUUCGCUCAUUGGCAAACAAAUCAGACCUCCCGUGGGUAAUGAUUGGUGAUUUUAAUGACCUGUUAUUUCAGUAUGAGAAACGAGGAGGAAAUCCACAUCCGGACAGUCUAUUACGGGGUUUCGGGGAAACUUUGGAAGAUUGUGGCUUAAUGCAGUUGCCUAUGUCAGGAUAUCCGUUUACAUGGGAGAAGGGGAAGGGAACGCCGGAUUGGAUAGAAGAGCGUUUAGAUAAAGUUUUGGCUACUCAGAGUUGGAGGGACCUGGUCGUCGAUGCAAGUGUGCAGAAUAUAUUGACCCGAAAGUCGGAUCACUCUGCUCUUUUCCUUGGGAUUCUGAAUCUUCGGGAAAGGAGGGAUGGUUUGAGAAGAGGGUUUCGCUUCGAGAUGGCAUGGCUGCAUGAUGAUGGUUGCAGGGAUGUGGUUGAGAGGGCCUGGGGGGAAGGAAGGACCCGCGGUUUGCAAGGAUGUAUCUCGGUUUGUGGUGAACGGUUAACACGAUGGGGUGGAGAUCGUUUCCUUAAAUUUGGAGAGCAAAUAAUGGCCCUAAGGAAAGAACAGUUGCGUUUCAGGGGAUGUACGGAUCAGACAUCUUUAGCUGAGUUCCGGCGGCUAGAGGAGUGUCUCACCCGUAUUGAAUUGCAGGAGGAUACCUAUUGGAGGCAGAGGGCCAAACAGCACUGGCUCAAGGAUGCGGACGCGAACACGAAAUUUUACCACAGGUAUGCUUCUCAUAGAAAGAAGAAAAAUACUGUUCCCAGAAUAAUGAAUGAUGGUGGGGAUUGGAUUGAGGGGGUGCCCAUGAUGAAUGUCAUCUUGAAUUAUUACCGUGAUAUCUUUACCACGAAUUCUCCUACUGUUAAUGUGGAAUUUUUUGAGAAUAUACAACCACGGGUAACCGAUGCACAGAAUAUGCAGCUACUGCGGCCUUUUGAGGAUAGUGAAGUAAAGGCUGCGUUAUUUUCCAUGUAUCCGGAUAAGGCACCAGGGCCUGAUGGGAUGAAUCCGGGAUUUUAUCAGCACUUUUGGGAUGUGGUGGGUAAUGAUGUAACCUCAUAUAUUGUGAAUUGUUUGAACACUAGAACAUUACCUGCUAGUCUGAAUGAUACAAAUAUUAUUUUAAUUCCAAAGAAGAAGAAUCCGGAGAGGGUGUCUGACUAUAGACCAAUUGCGUUGAGUAAUGUGGUUUACAGGAUAAUGGCAAAGGUUAUUACUGCUCAAAUGAAACCACUAAUGGGGAGUAUUAUAUCUGACUCUCAGAGUGCAUUUAUAGCUGACAGGUUGAUCACUGAUAAUAUUUUGAUUGCUGCGGAAGUAGGCCAUUAUUUGAACAGGAAGCAGUGUGGAUUGGCAGGAUGGGGGGCUCUGAAACUGGAUAUGGCGAAAGCCUAUGAUCGGAUGGAGUGA